ACCGUCUUUGGACGUUGCCCCUGUCUUGUUGCAGCUCAAGUGUCUGGAGUGAGCUGAGCUUGACUUGACUUGACUUCUCUCUCGCCCAUCAAUCUCAUCUCCCAGUCAAAGUCCAGUCCAGCCCAGUCCAGCACGCACGCACGCACGCACAGGUCCCUCCUCCUCCUCCCAGCUCCCAGUCCCCCCAGAUCGGUCACCUCCAUCCUUAGCACCUAAGGCCUGAGACAAACAAAUCAACACCAACCCAACCGCUACGCUCCACUCACGUCCACGUCUGUCUCCCCCAUCUCACCAUCUUCAACUUAGCAUCAUCACCACCAUCAUCAUCCUUCGGCACCGGCGCUUUCUCUUUUGCGCGUCUGACCCUUGACUCAACCCGUUGAUGACGCCGUCGCGGCCGUGUUGACUUUGACGAUAACAUCCGACGAGGACGAUCACGACGACGACGAAAGGACAUAGCGCGCCGUGAAAACAAACCAAGGUCGAACAGAUCAAAAGGCAUCAUUCAAUCUGGAGCAAUUUGCCCUGAGUCGGAUCAAAAUAAUAUUCUUAUCUGGACCUCGAACUAGAACGCGCUUCUUACUUAAUCAUACCCUUCACCAUCACCGCCAUAUAGCCGAAUAAUAGCAAGCAUGGUUGACUUCAAGAGUGAAACCGUCACCAAGGUGUCGGAAAAGGUCCACGAUGCCACUGAGAAGAUGGGCGACAUGCUUGACCAGGCCGAAGCUGGCAAGAUUCCCGGCACAAAGGGCCACCACCCCGUCUCUGCUGUGAUCGGUACAGCUUUGACUGGUGGUAUGAAGAACGCUGGUACUAAGGGUUAUCUGGCGGUACGUUGGAGACCCGACCUGCUCAGGAUGCCGGAAGCUAGAACGCGCAUAAGCUACUUCCCCAAGCUAUGAUGCUAUGGCUCCGCAUGAUCCCGGAGGAAAACCACACUGAUCAUGACUAACGACCUGAUAGGCUUACAUCAAAGAGCUUGAGGACAACCCUCUGCGCACCAAGAUGCUCACCGCUGGUACUCUUGCUGGUACACAGGAGCUCGUCGCUUCAUGGCUCGCCAAGGACCGCAACAAGCACGGCAACUACUUCACUGCUCGUGUUCCCAAGAUGGCCGCAUAUGGUGCUCUCAUCAGCGCUCCUCUAGGCCAUUUCCUCAUCUGGGCGCUCCAGAAGGCUUUCAAGGGCCGUACCAGCCUGCGCGCCAAGAUUCUGCAGAUUCUUGUCAGCAAUCUCAUUAUCGCUCCUAUCCAGAACAGCGUCUACCUCGUUGCUAUGGCUCUCAUUGCCGGCGCUCGCACCUACCAUCAGGUUCGUGCUACCGUCAAGGUCGGCUUCUGGAAGGUGAUGCGGGUCUCGUGGAUCACCUCGCCUAUCUGCCUGGCUUUUGCUCAGAAGUUCCUCCCUGACCAGCUCUGGGUCCCCUUCUUCAACAUUGUGUCCUUCAUCAUCGGCACCUACAUCAACACCAUCACCAAGAAGAAGCGUCUCGCAGCUCUCCGCAAGAAGCACUUCGGUGACGACCGUCGAUCCAACGCCGGUGAUAUGCGACCAGGCCGCCCCGAUGACUACCCUCCUCCUGGCAUGGGUGGCCCCAACCCUCCCUACUAAGCGACUCCAUCUCAAGCGCCGAUCCGAGCUCAGCCACGCCAAUGAAGACGGGUAGAAGAUGGCAUUAGGAACGCUAAAGCAUUUAAAGAGGAGGGAAACCUGGUGACGAAGGAGUGAACCAACAUUGACUUCUUGGCGAUGGGUGGAUGAUGUUGAAACCCAUGCUCGGAUGGGUCGUGUCGCUUGACAAGUAUAUACCCGAGAUGAGGGGGUGAGUUGGACCGGUGCCCGUCCUGAACUCAGGCUGUUGAACAUGUAUCUACAAGAGAAUUUCUGGUUAAGGAUAAGGGCAAUGUGGAGGGGAAGUGGUAAGAUGUGUAUGUUUGUAUGUGCGAGUUGCUGGUUAAUGAAAUGAACUAGUAUUUUUAUCUUUUUUAUACACCUUCUAUAGUAGAAUUACCUGGUUGGCCUGUUAGAGCCUAAUUUGAGGAGAUGUGAAUAAUAACUCUGAUACGUGAGUGACAUCUGUCUAAAGCUUUGAGCGAAAGGCCUGGGGGCCUAUCAUUUCGGAAGGGUUCUUCACAUCUCCCAUGUGACAUCAUGGCUGGAAAUCCUGAUGGUGGCUUCGGACUGCUGUGCCGGGACUAUUUGCGGAUGCGAAAUGUCCCUUAACUGGUCAACCCACCAUGGCAUGCGAGGUGAGUGAUGGAGGCUCGGGUAUGUAAGCCGGGUAGCCUGACUGCAUGACGGACCAAAACAAGGCAGGCGCCUCAUGAGUUUCAAGCACUCUCGCUUUGUCUUAUGAGAUCCGCGGUCGGGGCUUCUGCUUUGCCACAAUAGUCGUAUAGCCUGCCGCGUUUCAAGACACUCCGUAGAAGGGAGAAGUCAGUGCAUUGGGGUGCUUCAGUCGCCUUCAUCCGGAGCAGCAGCCUCGGCCAUAAACCCAGGGCUCCAAUACUCCCACUCGCCCUUUGUCUGCUUGUCAACCCACAGCAUGCCGCCUGCAACGAGAUCGUCUAUCACGGUUCGGGCGCGUGCCCUAUCCCAGCCCAGGUUAUCCCUCAGCAUGCCAACACUCACAUAACCCAGGACUUGCGCCGCCUCAACGACCGAGACUUGGUCAUCGUUGAGUUCACGGGGUACGCUCCGCACAUAUUCCUUUCGACCUACACGCACGACAGCAUACGCGCCGCCUAGCGGAGCAAGCGUCUGUACCGCGCGCCGGACAUCAUCAUCAGCAAUGGGGUCAGCGCCAUCCAUACGUCCUGCGGCAACUCGCUCUCUGAGCUCCGCCAGACCGAUAAGACCUCCGUUCUCCCCGCGCGUGGCACCGCAGACCUCAACAAUCCUUACAGCGAGCUCAAAGUAGAAAUCGUUGACCGUCUUCCCGAGUAACUGCGCCCAUAUGGAGCUUCCAUCCGAGCUACUGUUGCUAUUGCUGCUCGCUAGUGGAUCUACACCGAUGGCAGCGCACAUGCGAGCAAAUUGGGCGCGAAAAGCGGGAUCGGAGCGGAUAUCGCGAGCGUGUGUGUUUGCGAACUGCUGGAGGAGGGAGCGGAACACGGCGAGCUGUGUUUCGAGAGCUUGGGCGUUAUUGGCGCGCAGGGAGGAGCCAUGUGAUGCGAAUUGUGCUGAUGUGAGGCGUGAGCGGUCAAAGGCCGCAAGGCCUACGCCUUUGCGUGACAUUGUGGAAGUUGGGAAUGGGAUUGUUGGAGGAGUAAGGUUGGUGCUGAUGUUAGUGGUGGAGGUUCAGGAUUACGUCAAUUGGCGGGGGUGGGUCUAGAUAGAUGGGAUUGUGAGACAGAUCCCUCGAUAUGCGUGGUUUUGAGUAUUUUUAUAAAUCGUACUCAAGUCGAAAAACUCUGAAUAAGAUAUGUUGUCAGAGAGACUACAAACAGUUGGGCAGCGGAAGAUAAGGGAGAACUCCUUGCUCUUAUACAUCAGUUGGCUGUUGAUUGAGUGAGUAGUGUGAUUUUAGGCAUAUCGGAUGCU